GGAAACGAAAACAAAACUGUCAAAACAAAAAGAGUAGUACAAUCCAUCGCUAUUAUGCAUGCAUCCGUCCAUCCAUCCCUGGUCUCUCAGGCCGUCCGCUCUUUUUUCUGAAGAACCCAGUCGUUCAUCAUCAACCUCUAAAAAUUCUCCAUCUCAACCACCGGCCAGCCGUAGUUCCGGUCUCCCGGUCCCACAUGACACAGCCUCGUCAGUCCCUCACCCCCACCGCCACCAAGAGCAGGAGCCCGUCGCCCUCCCCUUCCCCUCCCGCCACCGCCGGCGCCGGCGAUCCUAUCCAUAGCCCUCCCCGCGUCCCCAUCACCCUCCUCCAGCCCUCCCAGCGCAAGCACCAGUCCAAGCCGGGCAGACUCUUCCGCACCGUCCGCUCCGCCUUCCGCUCCUUCCCCAUCCUCACCCCCGUCACCUGCCGCCUCCCCCACGUCGCCCUCCACCGCAGCGGAGGAACCCGAGACGGCCACAUCCACGGCGCCAUCCGCACCACCGGCACCCUCUUCGGCCGCUUCAAGGCCCGCAUCACCCUCGCCAUCCAGGACAAUCCCCGCAGCGUCCCUCUCCUCCUCCUGGAGCUGGCCGUCCCCACCGCCAAGUUCUUGCAAGACAUGCGCUCCACCGGCCACCUCCGCGUCGCCCUCGAGUGCGAGAAGAAGGCCGCCGACAAGACCCCCCUGCUCGAGGAGCCCAUGUGGACCGCCUUCAUCAACAGCAAGAACAUCGGCUACGCCACCCGCCGGGAGCCCACCGACUCCGACCUCAACGUCAUGCAGCUCCUCCACGCCAUCUCCAUGGGUGCCGGCGUGCUCCCCGCCGACAUGACCGACCCCGUCGAUGGGGAGCUCACCUAUAUGCGGGCCCAUUUCGACCGGGUCGUCGGCUCCAGGGACUCGGAGACCUUCUACAUGCUCAACCCCGACGAGAAGACCAGCUCGGAGCUCAGUGUCUUUUUCGUCCGGAUCUAACUGAUUUAGAUUCUCUUAUCCCAACUUGCUAAUUAGAAAGCAGCAGAAUUAUAUCGUUCUUCCCGGAAACACUAAGAUUGUCUUUUCUUUCUUCCACGGCGUCAACAGAUCGCAUCUCGCACAAAUCGCAAAGGACUCCAAGCAGCUUCUUUCAUCCGCAUGCACAGCUCUCAGAGCGACCAGUAUGCGAUCCAACCGAAACCCUUGAACUUUCUUUGUUGGAUUACUUGGAGGCAGAAAUUAUGCUUGUGGCCUCCAUAUUGGCCACGAAGCCAUAGAACCCGCCGCUAUUUGUUGGGAUGACAGAGAUUCUAGUUGUUGGGAAACUGUUCCUCGGGGACGAUAAUAUGAAAUGCAUGCAGCCCAGCAUUCAUUUAAUUAUGAAAGAGAUGUAUUCCUUUGAUGCUGUUCAGGAUUAAUAAUCAAUGCCAUGAGACUGAUCCAGACCAAAUAUUGGUUAAUUUUGAUUGGAAAGAUACAAGGUGAGCUUGUUAGUGAUAGUUCAUU